GAAAAAUUACAGUGACGACGAAGACGUUGAGGUGAAACCCAUGACAGAACUAGAGCAGAAGAUGGCGGAGAAAAUUCUCCAGGAGACGAAAGAAACCUACCGAAAACGGGUAGUACAGUUAGAGCAGGAGAGAACAUCAUCAAAUUCCGGUGUUGAGAAUCUUCAGUCUUUCUCGUCCAUUCGUCGCAAGCAGCAGGAACACUUGCCACGGAACGUGGCGUAUUUGGAUUUCGAAGUCCCGUUGGAGAUGGCAGAUCAACUACUCGCACGCAGAAGAGCGUCCAGGGUGUACUACGAGGAGAAUAACAAAUCUCACGACGAAAGAACACAAGCAGCAGUAGUGGCUGCUUCGCAAGUGGAAAAUGAUACGUCGACAGGGAGGCCAGCAAAUUUUGUCGACGCACCCUCAUCGUCAUCUGGGAUUACACAGCCACCGCAACAACAGGGUGGAAAUCCACCAACUCUCCUCCAAGACGAGGAAGAUCGAGAUAUUGUCAACGCGGGACAGCCGCAAGAGGAACACCUUCCCCUUGCAGUUACCGCUUCAUCUCCGCCACGACCAGCGGCCCAAAAGCCCAGCCAACACUCCAACUCACCCAGACGAAAAAUGAAGGCCUCGUCGCCGCAAAAGCCGCAAAUCCUGUCAGCGUUGGGUCGGGAUCCCAAUGAGAACCAAACGAAAAACAACCUCGUCUUCGGGGAGCGCUACGAUAGCUCCAGAAAUGCCGGCGGGAGAAACAUAAACAGUAAGAUGACAGCCAGACCUACCGUUUUCCCUGACGUUUUGAAGAGGCAGAAACGGAAACUGAGCGAAGGAACCGUUUUGGAAAAUGCGAAAAUUGACAACCUCUUGCGACCCCUGCGCACGCAGCUUGACCGAGUGGCGGAUAUUUACGACCCGCCGGAGUAUGAUACUAGCGAGGAG